UUGUUGCAUCCAUGAACAAGGCCUUUAUAAGCCCAAAAGCACACAUAUUUUAUUCAUCAUCAUCUUCCACACUUCCCUUUGAAACUAUACAAAUAAAAUCAAUUGAUUGUUAUGUGUUUACCUGAAAAGGAAAUAGAUAGAGCAAAAGACAUGGCACUAGAAGCUGUGGUUUUUCCACAAACACAAGACCCUUUUGGUUAUGGAAUCAAAGACUUUUACAACUUCAACUUCAACAACCUUGUUGCCAAAGAACAAGACCAACAACAAGAACAAGAACAAGAACAAGAACAAGAACAAAGAUCUUUCUGUUUUGUAGAAAACCAAACAGAAAAUAAUUUUCCUUAUUAUGGAGAUUGGAAUAACAGUAGUGCUACUUUUUCACCACAGCAUUUGAAUGAAGUUCAAGAAACUACUACUGAUCCGAGUAGUAACAACACUCAGAACUUGGAUACUUCAACUUCCAUUGACACUGUUGUUCGUCCGAAAAGGCGCAGAGCUAGAAGCAGAAAAAACAAAGAGGAAAUUGAGAAUCAAAGAAUGACUCACAUUGCUGUGGAGCGAAAUAGAAGAAAGCUGAUGAAUGAGUAUCUUUCGGUUCUUCGCUCUCUCAUGCCAGAUUCUUACAUCCAAAGGGGUGAUCAAGCUUCUAUAAUUGGAGGUGCUAUCAACUUUGUAAAAGAGCUAGAACACAAGUUUCAAUUUCUUGGUGCUAUGAAAGAAAAGGAAGUGAAAUCUGAUUAUGAUGAUGCUGGUGAAUCAAGCAAAAAGCCAUUUUCUGAGUUCUUUUCAUUUCCACAGUAUUCAACAAGUACUUCUAACUCUGCAGCAGUUUUUGGAGAAAAAGUUGGUGAGAUUCAGUCUUGCAUUGCUGACAUAGAAGUAACAAUGGUUGAAAGCCAUGCAAAUCUUAAAAUAAGAUCCAAAAAGAGACCAAAACAGCUCCUGAAAAUGGUGUCUGGUUUUCAUAACAUGCGCCUCACAAUCUUGCACUUGAAUGUAACCACUUCUGGUGAAUUUGUUCUCUUCUCUCUCAGUGUUAAGGUUGAAGAUGAUUGCAAGCUGGGAUCAGUGGAUGAUAUAGCUGCAGCUGUAUACCAAAUGGUGGAUAGGAUUCAACAAGAGGCAAUGUUGAAUUAAGAGUCAUAAUAACAUAACCUAUUUAUUUCUCUCUCUUUAUUAUUGCAAUGUUUGUUCAUCUUUUAUUAAUUUAUAAAUUGUGGGCUCAUUGAAAAAACUAUUGUGUUUGAGAAAGUUAUGGUAAUUAAGUAGAUCCUUUUGAUGUCUA